GACGUUCGAGUAGUAGAGGUUUUCAAGUUUUUUCAAAAUUUUUCCCUUAUUUGCCUACCAGAUGAACAAAAACAGUAUAUUAAGUACCUAGUCUUACUUAUUGGGGGUUCUGGGUUGGUGAAAUACAAAAACAGAGCGUUUUAGUUGCUUUUUGCUCAAAUUUUUUGAAAAAAAUCAGUUAUAAUUGAUUGUUUACAAGUAUCAUCAUAAUCUCGUUUGAUGUUUUUAUUUAAGUCCUUUAGGGAAGCCAACAUUUCUUCCCCAAAUUUCGAGAAAACGCUUUGAAGCAGUUCCUUUUUCAAGCUCUUUGAGGGUACUGUAUUUUAUUUUACAGGACUUGUUAUCGGCUCUACUUCUUUUUGACCCUGCCACAGACGCCAUUGUCAGAUUGCUAUGAAAUUCUGUUUUUGAAAAUUGGUUGAGAAAGCGUUGUCGUUCGAAACACAAACAAAACAUUCAAAUCAUGCAUUCGAACAAUAUAAGGCCCACAACACACGUAAACAUUAAAAUAUGAAAAUGAUAAAGAGUUAAUGAUCAGGAAAACUUAUCAAUUUUUUUCAAAAUGCCACAAAAUUCGAGUUAUGGAGUCAAAAACCUUCAAGGGACAAAAUAAUCUGUUCGACUUAAGGGAACAUUCGAGUUAUGGAGGUUCGAGUAGUAGAGGUUUUUUUAUAAGAGUUUAUUAGGAAACUUUUACGGUGCCAACGAUUUCGUUCGAGUUAAGGAGACGUUCGAGUAAUAGAGGUUCGAGUUAUGGAGACUCUACUGUAUAUUGAAAUGUUUUUUUAAGCGAAAAUCUUGGAUUCUUUUUAAUCGCGAAAAUGUUUGAUUGUUUUUAGAAUCAGGCGUAGUGAUUGCUAUAAUACGCGCACGCGGUCAAAACAAAGUCAGUAAAAAUAUAUCGCAAUUGGUAUUGGUGCGCAUUUCAAAAAUUUCGUGAUUCCGUUACGGAACGCGGCUCUCGCGGACACAGACAAAAUACGGCUAUUAUUAUAGAGACUAGCCGUGACUCGUGGAAAUAUCCGCGGGGUCACCCGUCCUUUAUGUAUCGCAUAUUUCGUGUUUCCGUAGCACAAUGUUUUUUUUCGCGCACAAACAGGCAGACAGAAUACGGCUAUUAUUAAGGAGACGAGGUGGAAUUAUAUGAGAAAUUGUUGUUCGCAGGUGCAUAAAUGUACCAAACAUGUUUCCACUCCCGUAGCGAAAUAAUUAAUUUGGAAAACAAAAAUGUUCUUGUAAACCUUAAGAUUUAUUUACACAACAAAAUAAAAUAUAAAAGUGGCAUAUAAAAAAACUAAUUUAAUUUCGAAAAAUAAAUAAAAAGAAAUAAAUUAAACAAAAAAUUUUUAAUAUUUUUGGUUUUCUCAAGACAUUGUUUAAUGCGAAGGACUUACUAUUGGAGCUUUGCAAUAUGGUAUGGGAGAUAAUCAGAAUAGCCUGUCCGAUAAUACCAUUGAUACUUCAUUUGUUUGGUAUUUAUCUACUCUGGAACCAUAACGCAGACACCACUCAAAAUCAAAAAGUACUGCUAUUGAAUCUAAGCGUAUCAGAGCUUAUCGUAAGUUCGUUGAUCUUAUUUGAAAAUGUUACAACUAUCUUAAAAGGAUACAAAAUGACAGAAGUAGUUCACUUGCUGUAUUUGUCAUUCAUAUUCUCCCAUAUGCUAAGCAUGUUUGCUUUAACCAUUGACCGAUUUGCUCAAGUUUACUUAAAUGUUAAAUAUCCUUUGUAUUGGUCAAAAAAGAAAACAGUAUACUUGAUGGCCGCGAUAUGGAUAAGUUGCGUCAUUGUCGCUUUCAUACUGCUAACAUAUUUGUUCACUGAAAGUGGUCAAGUUGUCGAAGAAAUUGAUUUUAUUUUCAAUACGUACAUCAACACAACUGUGUGCAUUUUAUUUGUUUUAACUGCGACAUUCACUUAUGCUUAUAUUAUGGGGAAGUUGUUGAAAAAAGAGGCUUUGUACUCUCAUCAAGCCUUCUCUGAGUCACAUCCUAGUGCGGUCGCCAAUAAUGUAACCAGCUACUCUGGAAGUACAUUGCCAGUGAAGACUAAAAGAGUUUUAAAGAAUAGAGCGACAGAGAGAUUAUUGCUUCCUACGUUGCUUGUAGCUACGUUUAUAGUUUUUGUUGUUGUGCCAGAUUUUCUCUAUUUACUGAUGAUAAAAGGUGUGCUUCCAUGGUCAAAUAUAGCACACCAGAUGACGUUCCUUUUAUUUAUCAUGGGAUUGGUAUCAGAUGCUUUAAUCUAUAUAUUACUAUCCACGACAGUUGGAAGAAAGUUCUUGAGGAAAGUUUACGCUAAAAAGGUUUCCGCCCAUAUUUCACCAUGAUAUACGUCAAGUAUAAACGUUGGAAGCUUUUUAUAUCGAAGUAGUGAUGAACCAUUUUAGAAAUGGAAAUAUUGUGCUAUUAACUAUUGAACACAAAUGAAAUUUAAUGGCAAAUGAGUUUAACAGAAAAGUUCACAUAUUACAUAGCAGUAAAAUCAACAUAGUAUAUCAUAAGAGCAAAGUCGAUAUAUAACUCGCAGCACCAAAGUCGACUAAGAACAACACAAUCAAUUUAAAACAAAAACUUUGAAACAAAAAAUGACUGAUAGUUCUGAUCGCGUGCAAGAUAGACUAAAUACUUCUAGACAGCAUUUCUUGACAGUGCCAUAUGCAAUACCACUCGUGUGCAGCUAGAAAGAGUGACAUAGGAAAACAUAUUUAGCGGUACAGUACUCUUUAAAAUAAUUCUCUCUAUAAAACACAAAUAGUUUAAGAUUCCUAAAAAUAAACAAUGAAGUUUUCUCGGACCCUAUAAAUUUUGAUGCUAGACCAUGUAUUAUAUUACAAAACCAUCUGAAUAAAGCCUGACGAUUCUCAUUAUACAAAUCAUUGUGGAAAUCAUGGCAAAGCCUAUAUAGAUGUAGUUGGAACCAUGAAUAGUUUGGAAAUAAAUUUAGACUAAAAUUAUAUCGGAUGGCGCUCUAACUAAAUAUUGUAACACUGAGAUAAGAAAACUUUAAAUAAACGCAUGUAUGCGUUAUGACCAUCUAUUGAACUUAGCCGCUUACCCAGAUCAAGUAUGACCUAAUCGAUUGGUUCACAUGCGGAAUUGUUGAGUGCCUUAGCUAAGUACUUAUUUCUUUAGAUGAAAUAAUUAGUGGCUUUAUGGUAGAGCGUACGCCUUCGUUCCAGUGCGGAAGUUUUCGUGAUUAAACCCCCGCAAAGUCAUGCCUGAGACUAUACCCAGUGGGCACUUCAACGUUGAAUCAACGUUGAAAAGACGUUGCUUGCGACGUUGAAAAGACGUUGAUUUUACGUUGCAAAUGAAAGUUUUUUUGACGUCUUUUUCCGACGUCUAUUCAACGUCGGACAUCAACGUCUUUUCAACGUUGAAACAACGUCUCGCAACGUCUUUUCAACGUUGAAACAACGUCUCGCAACGUCUUUUCAACGUUGAAACAACGUUGCAGGACGUUGUUUCAACGUUGAAAAGACGUUGAUGUCCGACGUUGAAUAGACGUCGGAAAAAGACGUCAAAAAAACUUUCAUUUGCAACGUAAAAUCAACGUCUUUUCAACGUCGCAAGCUACGUUGAAACAACGUCCUGCAACGUCUCUUCAACGUUGAAACAACGUCUCGCUACGUCUUUUAAACAUUGAAAUAACUUCUCGCAACGUCUUUUCAACGUUGAAAAAACGUCUAACAACGUCUAAUCAACGUCGUUUGGAAAUGCUCUCGCAACCGUUAUUCAGCGUCUUUUCAACCUUAAGAAACAGACAAACUUGACCGAAUCAAAUCAUAAUCGCCAUUGUGGCUUCAGUUUUAUAUGUCCAUAGUUUACAUGUCCAUGUAUCUAUUCCCUAGCAUGAUUCCGACGCUUAUAUUUGUGUUACGUUAUUUGUACAUGGUUAUUGCGAAAAAGAAAUAAAAUCAUUUCUACGAUAUGUCAUUUUUUUAUUAUAAACAUCGGCAGUAUAUACAACUUCUCCGCUGAAAACUUCCUAAAUGAAACUUAACGGAGUUUUAUAAUACAAAAUAUAAAAACGAUAUUUCAAGUAUUCACAACUGGUACUAUGUGAGAAUCUCCAGCGUUCCAACCCAAUGCAAAAAAUGUAACGCAGCAAUGACGAGGUUGUUAAACGUGCAGUAUUUGCAAAUUUAUAGCUGCGAUUUCAUGUGCCAGGCACGCCUCCUGAUAAGGCAGCCUGUUAGUAUGCUCAAAUCACCUAAAGUGUCAAGCAAAACUGUUGCACCGAAGUCUUUAAUCAAGCAUUGGUUAGAGAAAAAGUAUGUUUUCUUAAUGAAGUCAGAGUUGAAUACAAGGGUGUUUGUUAAGGAUACCAGAUGCGAAUAAAUACGAUCAUGAUGCUAUACUUUAUAAAAAGUGUGAAAAGCCACCGUCCUCACCAGGUGCAAGAAGUCCAGGAAUCGAGGUUGAAAAUUACAAUAAAAAUAUAAUGAAUAUUAUAUUAGCACUGUAUUUCCUUAAAAAAAGCACCCACUCAUGCAUAUUCCAUACUUUUACUAGUCACAAGUCCGAUCUCUAGUAGAAACACUAAAAAUUGUUGAGCUAAAAUCACUUUAACAUUUUGCCAUUCUAAUUUUCUGCCACCCAAUCAAAAUUAAUAUAAGCUAGAAGAAUUUAUUACGGCGCUUGAAAAAUUUAUAAUCCUCUCUGAUAUAAAAGUUGUAAAUUAUUUAAAAAUUAAUCGAUUUAAUUUUCUUCGGCAUUAGUUCUUCCCGCUCCUCCACAUCUAUCAGGUGCAUAUUUAAGGAUUGAUGCCGUACACGCACGAACUUCUCCUUCUGUCGCAUUCUUUUGAUGUUUGAUAACAGUUUCUACAACGUAACAAAAUUCUUAUCACAUAUUGAUGGAGGUAGUUUACAGUACAACAGCUGGACAAAUAGAUUUCCUCAGAUUAAUGUGUAUUUUUCCCCCUGAACGUCGACCCCUCGAAAUGGCGGGAAAAACUUAAUACAAACUUGUCGGUUUGGAUUAGCACUUUAAUAAGAGCUAUUGUAUUUAUUUGUACAUAUUUUAACCGACAAUAAAUAAAUUAACAACAACAAACUAAAACGCUUACAAGCACAUAUAUAAAUUGAAUAUUAGGAAUAGGAUUUUUUUACUAACCGACAACAGCUUUAUAUAAGUUCAUCCUUGCAAACCCAACCUUUUCACUUUUUCCCUUCCCUUUCAUGUUGAGUGCCGACAUUACUUCAUUAUUCAUGAUUCUAUAAUGAAAGUGGAAUAAAAGUAAAACAAUCGACAUCGUAAGCGCAUUUAAUAUAUAGUUGCGAGUCCAUUAGGCUGCGGGGCCGCAUUCCGUAAACUAUUCAUUCAAUUAAAUAAUUCUUGGACCUCGUGCACGAUUUUUUUAUGGAGAAGAUGAAACGAAGCAUGUGGGCACAACAAAGUGAUUUUCCACUACCACUGUAAACUACACAACAAAGAAAACCAGCGUCAGUACGGGGAUUUUUAUCAAUGUCAUUAAAGAUUAUCCGACCUUCGAUAUACUCUCCAGCAACAGUACAACGUUCACAACCGUCGUAUCCUGUAUGGCCUUUUGGAUUGCAAAUUCUGCUACGAAUGCUACCGAAGCAAAGUUUACGAAUUAGCAUAUGCUGUACAGAAAUACUUUACUCACGUCUGUGGUUCUUCGCCCUUUUCGCCUUGUGAGUUGAUACGAACUUCUUAGGGGCUUAGGCGCGAAUUUCCUCAUCGAAAGUUUCCCGCCAAUGACUAGGAGGGAUAUUACAUGCGACAAAGUAAAGGUUUAAAUAUGUGAAAGCGAAGUAAAUAAACAGUUAUUAUUGUAUUAUAAAUUAUAAUUUGACAAAAUGGAUUGUAUUUUAAAUGUCUCACAUCCAUAAUACAAGUUGAAA